CUUACUUUCGCCCUCAAAUAUUCCUAAUUCCUCCAUAUAAAGAAACUACCUAUCUGAAUCCAGUAACCAUGAACCCCGAAACCGACUUCGAAAUCAUAAUCAUCGGCGCAGGAAUAUCAGGCAUCAUAGCCGCACAACGCUACCUCGAAGCUCACCCGACCACUAAACUAACAAUCCUCGAACGAGACUCCUGCAUCGGUGGUGUUUUCAGCAAAAGAAGACUCUACCCCGAAUUCUGGACCCAAUGGACGCACGGCAUCGCCGAGUUCGCCGACAUGAAGAUGCCGCGUCCCCCAGAGGAAGAUUGCCGGAAUGAUUGCUUUAAAGCUAGAUACACGACGGAGUACCUUGAGAAAUAUGUAGAUGAGAAAAUGCAUGAGGGGCGCUCGUUGAGGGAUAGAGUGAGGUUUGGGGUCCAGGUGAAGGGGAUUGAGAAGGUGGAUGGGAGGUGGAGGGUUUCUUGUGUGAGAAGAGAGGAGGAGGUUGUGUUUUGGGCGGAGAAAUUGAUGCUUGCUAAUGGCGAGAAUUCACUUCCUAAUAUCCCUUCUUUUGCUGGACGGGAAGGGUUUCAGGGGAAAAUCAUCCAUUCCCAAGAUUUUGGUUCUUCGAACAUCCUUUCUGCUCCAGAAGUUCAACAUGUGGCUGUCCUGGGAGCGGGCAAGUCAGCAGCAGAUAUGGUGUACGAAGCUGUGCAGCAAGGAAAAACGGUUUCGUGGAUCAUCAGCAAGAAUGGAACGGGGCCGGGGUUCUUCGCUCCGAUUGAUACGAAGAGUCCGUAUCGGAAUGUGGUGGAGGCGGCGCAGACGAGGGUCAUGAGUACGUUGCAGCCGAGUAUUACGGGGCCGGAGAAUUGGUGGACGGGGUUUUUGCAUCGGACGUGGGUUGGGCGGUGGCUUGUGGGUUUUAUUUUUACGGCGUUGGAUAAGAGUAUUAGAGAUGUUGCGAAUUAUAAGGGGAGAGCGAGUGAGAAGGGGUUUAAGGGAUUGGAAUAUGAUACUCCGAUUUUCUGGCAAAACGGAACGGGUGGAGCAGUUCACCAUCCAGAUCUCUGGUCCUCGAUCGCUGAAAACGUCUCAGUAUACCGCGAAGACAUCACAUCCCUAGGUCCCAAAUCUCUAACCUUCACAUCCGGCCUCACCAUCCCAACAGACGCUCUCCUCCUCGGCACCGGCUGGAAACUAGGCCUAGAAUUCUUCUCUCCCUCUUCACUCCUCUCUCUCGACCUCCCCCACGACCCCUCCACCGAGGACCCCGCCAUCGCCGAAAAAUGGAAAAGCCUAGAGCAAGAAGGUGACGCAAAAAUUCUUCGCAAAUUCCCAAUACUAGCCAACCCCCCUCCUCACCACCACCGCAAGAUCCCCACCACGCCCUACAGACUGCACCACUGCAUCGCCCCGCUGCAUGAUCGCUCCAUCGUCUUCCUGAACCACAUUACAGCCGGUAACAAGCUGUUUGCAGCCGAAGCACAGGCGAUGUGGGUUUGUGCUUAUUUCUCGGGGGAUAUCAAACUCCCCAGUAUCGAGGAACGGGAGAAGAGGAUAGCGGAGUGGCUAGCGUGGGGUAAGAGGCGGUAUCUGAGUAAUGGGGAGAUUGGCACGUUUGCAGUGUUUGAUGCGGUGGGGUAUGCGGAUUUGUUGUUGGGGGAGAUGGGGGUUAGGAGGUAUAGGGAGAAGGGGUGGUGGAGGUUUUGGAUGGAGCCGUUUUGGCCAAGUGAUUUGGGCAUUGCUUGGAGGGAGUAUUUGGAUGGGAGGAAGGGGGAGUGAGGUGUUGUUGGAAGGUGAGAAAAGACUUGAACUUGCUGUUUUGGAUCUGUUGAAGAACAUUUGUGUAGAGUACCAUUUUUGGGAGAAGUCGGAUAGAUUAUGGAAAUGAAGGUUUAUAAUCGUCCUGGGAAAGUGGUUAUACACAAUUUCUAAAAUCACAAUAGGAAGAGGGGUCGAGAAAAUUCAGCUUUAUCGAAAUGC